UCACUUCUUUCAUCCAUCUGGUCAGUUUCCACAAUCUGUAUCAACUUUCUGCACAAGCUUCUUUAUCUAGCAAAUCAUCUUAGUCAUGCAUGAAGAAGAAAUAUAUACCUCUCUUCAGUGGGACAGUCCACCAUCAGAAUCUUCUCAGAAAUGUCUGUCUUUCACCAGAAUUUCAGGAACAUCGUGUACUGUGAUGAUGAUUUCAUGUAUUUUCUGCAUGGGCUUAUUAACAACAUCUAUUUUCUUGGGAAUCAAGUUGUUCCAGGCAUCUGCUACCAUAAUGAAGCAACAAGAAAAACUCAUCCAACAGAACAGAGAAUGGUUGGACUUUAUACAAUCCCAUAACUGUAGCCCUUGUCCAUACAACUGGAUUCAGAAUGGAGAAAGUUGUUAUCAUGUUUUUGAGAACCAGAAAAUUUGGCAUUCUAGUAAAGAAGAUUGUUUGAAGGACGGUUCCAGUCUUCUACAAAUAGACAGCAAAGAAGAAAUGGAUUUUAUCAACAGCAUCUUGCAGAAGGUCAAAGCUGGCUCUGAGUACUGGGUGGAACUGUCUCAGGAUGGACUCAGGGGACAAUGGCUUUCGCAAGAUGGCUCCUCUCCUUCUCCUGAGCUAUUGCAAAUAAAGAGAACCCAAUCAAUUAGCCAGGUCUGCAGAUACAUCAGAGAUAGCUCCCUUUUCUCCACUAAUUGCAGCUAUUUGAAAUACUUCAUCUGUGAGAAGGAAGCAUUAAGAUCUCCUGUUUGAAGGCAAUUGUUCAAAGUGAUGCCUCUUUUGCACUGAUAUUUGGGAAAAGCACUUGGAAAACCUGCCACAGAAAAACGUAACAGCAAAUACAGAAGUAAACUGAUAUUUGUGGGAGCUGUGAAGCCGACUUUUUUGGGACUCAAAACAUGCUUUUGUAUGUAUUCCUGGAAAUAUUUGUCAAUACUUUCCUAAGCUUCAAUUGAUAUUGUUCAAAUUGCCAAGAGUAAAAUUGAUUUACAGUUACAAUGGACCAAAUCCUGAUACACUGAGAAUGAUGUAAAUAAAAUAGUUAAUCCUGUCCUUUUAAAAAAAAUUCUAGAGUAACUACAAAUGCCACACACAGAAACCUAUGUGUCAUUAGGGGAGGUGGUACAUUUAUAGCUGGUUGAUUUUUUAAAAACAGAUAAGUAAAUGAAACUGGUCUUCCAAAUUUAUUGUCUUCCACAUCUUUGUGUAUGUUUCCUAAGCUUGCAGGUAUUAUAUAUAUUAUUGGAUUGCCAGAGUGAGAGGGCCAGAGAUAGGGAUUUCCAAACCCGAAAGAAAGAAGGUUUCUGUCUGCAGUCUCAGAUUGUUUUCUUUUCAAGACUGCUGAGUCCCGCUGGAGAAGUGAAUAUCUAAAACAUGACAUAAGUGGAAAAGUAUUUGGGAUGCAAGUCCCAGCACGUCCCACAGUGAAGGACAGCUGUGAGCUUCCUUCUUGCCCUCUGUCCAUACCCGCCCCUCACAAAUCAAAGGGCUCACCGUUUGCACUCCCAAAGUGAGCAGCCCACAACUGUGUUUCUUAAUGCUCCAAUUUCCACAUUAAAAAAUAAUGUUAGUAAUUAUUCCAAAAUUUGUUUGAGAGUUAAAUCAGGAAUAUAAUGUAAGUGGUUGAGAUGGUGUCUUGUACCCAUUUGGGCAUUGUAUCAGUGCUUGUGAUUAUUAUUUGGAGUAAAUCAUUAAUCAUCUCUAGGAAUCAAGCUUACUUGUAUAUUCCAGGCAAACACAGAACCUUAUUUCUGCUUACACUGCAGGUAACAUUUUUAUGUAAACUGUCAGCAGUCUGUUUUAAAGUUAGUGAAUUGUCCUCAAAUAACUCUUCUAAAAAUUCCUGUUCAUAGUUCAUAGGGUCAUUAAAACUCAGAGUAUCUUUAUUCUAAGUGACAGUUGAUAUGCAAGUGUUCACUAAGUGUUAUAUUUCCCACUAAUAUCCUAUAAGCAGAGCAAUGCCUCAGCAAUGCUGUGCCCUCUGUAGAUAUUUGCUAAAGUCUAUAUAAUUGUAUUUGAUCCUUUGUCUCUCAAAAGAAAUAGCUGAUAUAUAUUGGGUUAUCAUUUUUUUCUUCCUUCAUUGAAAACAUCUCUUAUAUAAAUCAAAAUCUAAUUCACUAAGGUAGCAGAUCAUUCAAAUGAAAUGAAAAAUAUUUUGGCCUAACUGUCUCUUUACCAUAGGAAAAGUCCUGUAAGAAUGGGAAGAGGAUAUCUUUUUGUUUUGUUUUGUUUCAUUGUUUUUUAAUUUACCUUGGAAUUGGAGUUUAAAUAGUAUCAACAAAAUAAAUUUCUUUAGUGUUCUGUUGUUCCUUACCAAGUAAAAUAGUCCCCCCACAAACAAAACAAAAACAAUGUAAGUUAGCUCCUGUGUUUGGUUUUCACAGAUGGGAGCUAAAUAUAAUAAUGUAUAAUAAAGGAGGAAACCACAGCGA